AUGCUCUACUCUGGUGGCCUUUACUUUGGUGGGAAUCGCUAUAAAAGUCGCUACGCCGACGCGUCUUUUGCGACAUGGUUUCUUCGGACCAUAGUCUUUACAAUCAUGGCAGCCGCUUCAGUCAAUACCGCUACUUAUACCGAUGAGAAACGUAGCUACCUACCGCCCUUCCCCAAUUUUUGUCAAUUGGUGCCGAUAACUAACCUACCCCGCCAGCAAUCCCCACCACCUUCGGCGUCCUCCUUUUCCCGGGCUUCCAAGCCUUAGACGUCUUCGGCCCCAUCGACGUCCUAAAUACCCUCGCUCUCUCAAAGAAGCUAAACCUCUACAUAAUUGCCGAAACCCUGGACCCUGUGACCACCAAGAUCGCCGCAAUCAACACAAGCCCCGAAUUCAGCGAGUCCAUCGUGCCGACCCACACCUUCGACACGGUCCCCCCACUCGACUUCCUCCUCGUUCCGGGCGGGCUGGGCACCCAGGCACCGGGCCUAGACCCUACCCGCGAUUUCGUCAAGAAUAUAUACCCGUCGCUAAAGUACCUCAUGACGGUGUGCACGGGGUCCGCACUGAUCGCGCCCACCGGCCUGCUCGACGGCCGGCGCGCAACGGGGAACAAAAAGAUAUGGGCGUGGGUCACCAGUCAGGGGCCGAAUGUGAAUUGGGUAGCGCAGGCGAGGUGGGUGGUCGACGGGAACAUCUGGACCUCUUCCGGGAUCGCUGCGGGGAUGGACGCGAUGUAUGCCUUUGUCGGGUACAUCUGGGGAGAGGAGCAGUCGAAGGACCUGGCGAUGACUUUGGAGUAUGAGAGGCAUACGGACGCGGAUUGGGAUCCCUUUGCAGAGUAUUGGGGCGCGACGUGGCCGCUGACGCCCGGGGCUGGGGGUGGAAACGGGGGUGCUGGUGCGGGUGGUUAG